AUGGGAGAUUCGAGAUAUUUGCGUGUAGAGACUAUCGACGAAGAUGAAGAGCGAGGUCUAUCAUUUCUGAACACGCUAACUAAAGAGUUGAUGGACGACAUACUCAAGACAAAGGAAGCGCAAAGGAACUUUUUUGCGUCUUUGGAGGGCUUGCCUAUUGAAUCGGUGGCCGGGAAAAUCCUGGAGCUUGCACCGCACGACGAGAAAUAUUUGACAAUUGCGCUUCUGUAUAAACAAUUCCGGAAUGGUGAACCGCUGUCGGCGAUAUACAAGCAUAAUCCACUUGAGUUCGCAAGGGCCAAUAACGAUUAUCCGUCUUGGCGGGCGUAUGUGCUGAGUUUGCUCAAGGACUAA